UGUCAUUUGUCACUUGCAAACUGUCACAUCUUUUUGGUUAUCUUCACUCCAAUUUACCAAAUUUCGGCCUUUUUGCUAUGUUUUAUGGCAUUAUUUGCCGCAAGACGUUGAUUAUUGCCGGGCUUUGACGUUCAAUUGGUGUUGGAAAAGUCGCUAGACCAACAUGUCUUCAGAGCUGGAUCAAUGGAUUGAAAUCGUGAAAGACUGCAAGUAUUUGACCGAAAACGACUUGAAGAAAUUGUGCAGUAUCGUAUGUGAUAUUCUUUUGGAGGAGUCGAACGUGCAGCCCGUCUCCACUCCUGUGACGGUCUGUGGGGACAUCCACGGCCAGUUUUAUGACCUGGAGGAGCUGUUCCGGCAAGGGGGCCAAGUCCCUGACACCAAUUACAUAUUUUUAGGCGAUUUUGUCGACAGGGGGUAUUACAGUCUUGAGACUUUUACUCGAUUGCUCACUUUGAAGGCGGCUUAUCCGAACAAAAUUACUUUGUUAAGGGGGAACCAUGAGAGUCGACAGAUUACGCAAGUUUACGGUUUUUACGACGAGUGUCUGACUAAAUAUGGCAAUGCUAACGCUUGGAAAUACUGCUGUUCUGUGUUUGAUCUGCUUACUGUCGCUGCGUUAAUUGACGAGAAAGUGCUUUGUGUACAUGGGGGCUUAAGUCCGGAUAUUAAAACGGUUGACCAGAUUCGGACUUUGGAGAGAAAUCAGGAAAUUCCGCAUAAAGGUGCCUUCUGUGAUUUAGUUUGGUCGGACCCUGAGGAUGUGGACACCUGGGCGUCGAGUCCCAGGGGGGCUGGGUACUUGUUCGGGGCGAAGGUCACUCAUGAAUUCAUGCAAAUUAACGCGCUCACAUUAAUUUGCAGAGCUCAUCAGUUAGUCCACGAAGGUUAUAAAUACAUGUUUGAUGAUAAGCUGAUAACGGUUUGGUCGGCCCCCAAUUAUUGCUACCGUUGUGGCAACAUUGCAAGUAUUUUGGAAUUCCAGACCACGGAUAAAGUCGAACCGAAAUUAUUCAACGCCGUACCCGACAAUGAACGAGUUAUUCCAAGUAGAAGUGUUACUCCGUAUUUUUUGUAAUUUUAUGACGCUAGUAUCAAUAAACAAUUUUCAAAU